AAAAACAUGGGUUUCGAAAGCAGCUGCAACAAUAGCUCCUCCUCAAUGGUGUCUAAAGAAUGGAGCUUUAGAAGCACAUCUUCAUCUUCAAUCUCCAACAAUAGCAGCACAAACAAUCUUAAUCUAUCUCAUUAUACUUAUAUCCACCCCUAUUACAAAUGCAUAACAACUCUUAAAACACCAAACCACCACCACAUCUCUUGCUUAGCAGUCCACAACAACCUCCUCUACGCCGCGUCCGGCAACCAAAUCACUUCCUUCGAUUUAACCACACUCUCUCCUACGGUGUCGUUCGACGGCCGAGAUUUUUCCUCGGGAGGGUUCAUCAAGUCCAUUGCAUUCCACCAAGAUGACAAAAUCUUAACCGCUCAUCAAGACACUAAAAUCCGAGUAUGGAAACGACACCGUUUACUCGCAACCCUCCCUACGAUCAAAGACAAACUACGUCGUUUCUAUUGUGCGAAAAACUACGUACAAGUUGGAAGAAAUAAGAGGAAGCUUUGGAUUCAACAUAACGACGCCGUUUCAGGGAUGACGUUACAUAACGGUUUAAUCUACUCCGUUUCAUGGGAUAAAACGUUGAAAAUAUGGCGGGGGUCGGAUUUUAAAUGUUUAGAGUCGGUAACGGCGCAUGAAGACGCUGUUAACGCCGUAGCGGUUUCGACAAACGGGGUAGUGUAUACGGGGUCAGCUGACGGGAAAAUAAGGGUGUGGAAGAGGGGGUAUGAUAAGGUGGGGAAACACUCCAUGGUAGCUAACAUGGAGAAGCAUGGAUCAACGGUAAAUGCGUUAGCGUUGAGUAAAGAUGGGAGGGUGUUGUUAUCAGGCGGCUGUGAUGGUGCGAUCAUUGCGUGGGAAAAAGAAGGGGAGGAUGAUCAGAUGGUGGAGAGUGGAGUUGUAGGAGGGCAUGAUGGGGCCGUGUUGUGCUUGAUUAGAUUGGAUCAUGAUUUGUUUGUUAGCGGUGGAGCGGAUCGGACGGUGAGGAUUUGGGGGAGAGGAGAGGGGGGAAAUGGGUGUGGGGGUAGGGGAUUGUUUUGUUGUAUGGGUGUUUUAGAAGGGCAUGAUAAACCGGUGAGGUCGUUGGUGGUGGCGUCGUCGGAAAGUGUGUCGUCGAACGGUGUCGUUUCGGUUUGUAGUGGGAGCUUGGAUGGGGAGAUUAAGAUUUGGGAAAUCAUGGCUUCUGAGCUCAUCAAUCAUAGGCCUUCUUGCAUGGCUGCAACAAAGAUUGUUACACCGUACUAG